AUGUUUAUUUUGACCACUGUGUCCGAUUUGGUAAGAGUGCCGCCCGAUCAAUUCCACAGGGAUACUAGAUCGGCUAUUAUUCACCAGUUGAAUGACAAAUUUGCGAAUAAAGUUAUACCUCGUGUGGGCCUCUGUAUCACAGUAUAUGAUUUACUAGCAGUUGAUGAAGGGCAGUUGAAACCAGGAGACGGGGCUUCUUACAUAAACACUAAAUUUAGGCUACUGGUAUUCAAGCCUUUUGUGGGUGAAAUUAUAACUGGUUGGAUUUCACGGUGCACAGCAGAAGGCAUCAAAGUAUCACUUUUAGGUGUCUUUGACGACAUUUUCAUUCCCCAAAAAAUGCUAUUCGAAGGUUGUUACUACUCCCCAGAUGAUAAUGCUUGGGUAUGGCCAAUGGAUGCGGAAACUAAGCUCUACUUGGAUGUUAAUGAGAAGAUUCGAUUCCGUGUGGAACAAGAGGUAUUCGUAGCCGUGAAACCUAAAUCACCAAAGGAGCGAGAGCUCGAAGAACAGAUGGAGCAAGACGAAACUUUACUAGAUGAUCAGAAACAGCAAGUUGAGAAGCCUCCGGCGUAUGCUCUACUAGGAAGUUGUCAAACUGACGGUAUGGGUCUUGUCGGAUGGUGGGAGUAG